AUGGAAUUAAAAGAGAUUGAAAGGCUUUCCACCUUUCCCGCACCACCUCAAGCACCUGUCGCGUCUGCCUCGAUCCUCGAAAAUUACAGUGAAAGGCAUAAGCUGGAUUUCCCUCAUGUUACACCGCUCAGUGAAAAAGACGCUCCCCCAGGAGGAUCUUUCAGACGUCCAUCCAAACCUUCUGCCAUCUAUCUAGUUGCGGCCCUUGGUGCUAGUUGUCUCCGAUUUUCCCGACGCAGUACCAUGCAUGGCUUAAACCACUUGGCGCAAGCAAGGACUGCGCAGCGACGGCUCUUUUGGUUGUGUAUAUCUCUUGCCUCUUCAUUCGGUUUCUUUUUUAAUCUCUUUUUCCUUAUGGAAAAGUACCUCCAAAUGCCCGUACUGACAAAUGUUUUACAUGACUCGGACAACUUUAUCUUUCCCGAUGUGACAUUCUGCAACGUUAAUCCCAUCCACUUUCCUCCAAAUGGAACCCCGGAGUUUGAGCGGAUCAAGGAGAACAUUCGUGAAUUUGAAGACUUUAAGCGGGGUCCUAAUCCUUUCGCGCAGCGGCUUGCCCUCGCAGAUUACUUGUUCAUUAAGCGAAAUACCUACUAUGUACACCCCAAAUGGCUUACUAUCGUUGAAUGCUCCUACAUGCAAACGCCCUGCUCCAGUGAGCACUUUGACGAGAAAAUCAUCUGGCCCUACGGCGCUUGCUACACUUUCAAUGCCACACGAAUGCCUCACAACAUGACACGCGAAAUAUCCACACGCACGCGCUAUAACCGAUUUCGACCGGAUCUUCGUGUCAUUGUCUACAAGGCUCUUGAAUUUCCCGAAGGUUAUCGCUUCGAUCCACAUGACAGUUUCCAGGUGCCCCCGGGUGUCCUUCUGAUGAUACAUGAACCCGGUACCUACCCUCACAUUGGCCACAGCGGAAUUGUCGAUGAGUGCACGCAGGUGGAGCUUAAAAUGACCUCGGUUACGCAUCUGGCAAAGCUGGGCAAAUGCAUUCCCAUUCGAAGCCGGAUUUCCUAUGUGAAUGUGGCCAAAAACGAGUCACAGACCUUCCUAUCCAGUCAAUCUGACUGCCUAGAUGCCGAGGUUCAGUCGGCUCUGGCCAAAUACUGCGGUUGUCAGAUGCAUACAAUGCCCAUCAUGUACGAGUACCAUUAUCAACCUUUCUGCUUCUCUGGCGCUCUUGACCCCACCUUCCUGGAAAAUUGCUUUAACAAUGCUACGGCCUCCGUCGACAGAAAGCACUGUUUUCUGGAUGUUUGUGAACACUAUACCAUCGACCAGGUCAUUGCACAUACCAAGUUCCCCGCCAUAGAGGACCGUCACACGGAACUGCAUUGGCUACAGCUGUUGGCAAGACUGGAAGCUCGUGAACGCAACCACUACGGCGGAAAGUCGGACUUGGCCAAACUGGCUUUAAAGAAUGCCAGCCGCGACGGUGGUGGGAACUGGACACUUGCAGAAGCAGUCAAUCAGCGGCAGAUUGACCUGUUGAAUAUUGACUUUGUUAACAGGAAUUUUAUGAUGCUUCGCGUUGUGCCAGCCAGUCUUUUCAUGGAUCGAGUUGAAGAAACCGAAGAAUAUCCCUUCAGCCGCCUGCUGAGUGACAUCGGGGGUUGUGUCGGUCUGUGGAUCGGUGCCAGUUUGAUAACGCUGUUUGAACUUGUCGACCUGCUGCUUGACUUCCUAGAUCUUGGAGGCAUUGGAGGACAGAAUACAAAUCACCAGCAGCAUUUGUCCGGGCAUUCUUCGGAUUCACCGCAACGGUUUGUCGUUGACUCUGGUGCCAAUCUCUCGGACUCUCGCCCUACUCUCUUUCAACACACUUCUAAGGAUGCUCAAAGUACCCAAAAUUGCAUUGGGAAUAGCAAUUCAGUAAUUAUUAAAACACCCUCCUUAGCGAAAGAUGCAGCUGCAUUUUUAGAUAAUCGGACUGUUAUACCAAUUUUUUACAUGCCUAAUACAGUCAAUGAGCAGCCAAAUUGA